AUGGGCGAAAUGACGGUGAAAGCAAAGGAAGAAAACAAACGCACUUUGUCUGUGGUCCGACGACGGUUCGAGGACAAACUCGCACCGUUGCCCAGAUUGUGGAAGGCCUCUUUAUCUCUCGACACAUUGUCUGGUAGGCAGAGUGAGGAGGUUGAGAGGCAAGUGCCUCCUUUCUGGCCGCAACCCGUCGGAAAAGUCCCAUUAUUAUUUCUUUUUGCCACUCGAGUUAAAGGGUCAAAAGGCACUUCAAUUCAUACCACAUUUGGUACCAAACUUCACUUCCAUGCCUCUGCUUGGCCAGUUUCUGUCCGCCCAUUCGACAGUCUGCCGGGUUACACACUCUCUCAGAGGAGAGAAGCCAAGAGUGGAGUGAAUAGAAUGGAUGACAGAAGAGAAGAGAUACGAUAA